UUCUUAGCGCCAUGGGCAGAGGAGACUGAGUGGCCACCAUGAUCGGAGGGCUGUUCAUCUACAACCACAAGGGGGAGGUGCUCAUCUCCCGGGUCUACCGAGAUGACAUCGGGGAGGGCCGGGGGCUGGUGGCAGCUGGGGUGGCGCCCCGGACCGAUGCCCUGCCAAGCCCUGAGCAGCCUCUGUGCUCCCCCUCCUGGCUUCCCCUCCCCAGGCGAAACGCCGUGGACGCCUUCCGCGUCAACGUGAUCCACGCGAGGCAGCAGGUGCGCUCCCCGGUCACCAACAUCGCCCGCACCAGCUUCUUCCAUGUCAAGCGAUCCAACAUCUGGCUGGCGGCUGUCACCAAGCAAAAUGUCAACGCCGCCAUGGUCUUCGAGUUCCUCUACAAGAUGUGUGAUGUCAUGGCGGCCUACUUUGGCAAGAUCAGUGAGGAAAACAUCAAGAACAACUUUGUGCUCAUCUACGAGCUGCUGGAUGAGAUCCUGGACUUCGGCUACCCACAGAACUCCGAGACUGGGGCUCUGAAGACCUUCAUCACUCAGCAAGGCAUUAAGAGCCAGCAUCAGACAAAGGAAGAACAGUCUCAAAUCACCAGCCAGGUGACAGGGCAGAUCGGUUGGCGCCGUGAGGGCAUCAAAUAUCGUCGGAACGAGCUCUUCCUGGAUGUGCUGGAGAGCGUCAACUUGCUCAUGUCUCCUCAAGGGCAGGUGCUGAGUGCCCACGUGUCUGGCCGGGUUGUGAUGAAGAGCUACCUGAGUGGCAUGCCCGAGUGCAAGUUUGGGAUGAAUGACAAGAUUGUCAUUGAGAAGCAGGGCAAGGGAACUGCUGAUGAAACAGGCAAGAGUGGGAAACAGUCCAUUGCCAUAGAUGACUGUACCUUCCACCAGUGUGUGAGGCUCAGUAAGUUUGACUCGGAACGAAGCAUCAGCUUCAUUCCCCCUGAUGGAGAGUUCGAGCUUAUGAGGUACCGGACCACCAAGGACAUCAUCCUGCCAUUCCGGGUUAUCCCCCUGGUGCGGGAGGUGGGAAGGACCAAGCUGGAGGUCAAAGUUGUCAUUAAGUCAAAUUUCAAGCCUUCAUUGCUGGCCCAGAAGAUUGAGGUCCGGAUCCCAACACCACUGAACACCAGUGGGGUUCAAGUGAUCUGCAUGAAGGGAAAAGCCAAGUACAAGGCCAGUGAGAAUGCCAUCGUGUGGAAGAUUAAGCGUAUGGCAGGAAUGAAGGAAUCGCAGAUCAGUGCCGAGAUCGAGCUUUUACCGACUAAUGACAAGAAGAAAUGGGCCCGACCUCCCAUCUCCAUGAACUUUGAGGUACCAUUUGCACCCUCUGGCCUGAAAGUUCGAUACUUGAAGGUGUUUGAACCCAAGCUGAACUACAGCGACCAUGAUGUCAUUAAAUGGGUCCGCUACAUUGGCCGCAGUGGCAUCUAUGAAACCCGCUGCUAGCUGCCCAGCCAUGGUCUCACCUCACCAAACUGGGUGCCCCCUGGAGAGGAGCCUGGCUGGGCUGUCUGCCCCAACUCCUCCCUGUUGGUGUCUCCUCCUUCCUGCAUCGCUGCACACCCCCUGCACAAGCCCCUAGACUAGGUCUGGACUGACCCUACCAUGAAAGGGAUGAACAGUGUGGUCCCUUGGGCUCCCUGGGGCCCCAGAAUUUCCUUAACCCUCAUUUCGUCCGUCCCAGCCCAGCACUGGGCUCUGUUUGAGUUUUGUGACCAAAGCCAGGCCAGGGUCUCUUGGGUAGCUGUGCCUCUGCCCCUCUCCCGGGGUGGGGGGGGCAUGGGUUGCCAGAGCCCCCCGCCUCUGCUCCUCCCUGACAGGCCAGUAACUGCCUCCCGCCCCGGCCCCCCCUCCCUCCGGCCCCCUGCUUUGGGAUAGUGUGAGCUCCAUUUUGUACACGUGUGACUUGUCCAGUUAUCAACCCAAUAAAUUCUGUAGAGCGGA